AUGCUUAAACGCUGCAUGCAGCCAUUGCCAAGUUCUCGGGGCCACGUGGCGGCGCAAGUGGAACUGGGCGGGCACUAUUGCGCACUGCUGCCGGAAGGUUCUCAAGAAGCCACGUCGCCCAAUCUCUCUUUCACCUCAUUCUCCGCGCUCUCUGCAAAGGUGAUGGCACGGCAGAAGAGGUCGAUAGUUCUGUGUUCUUUCAGGGAGCAGGGAACAGAGGAAGAGCGCAGCCUAUGGCUGGCGGGCUUCCAUGGAAGAGCAGGGAGCGUACGCGAAAGAAAAUGCGGAAAUCAGAGCAACGAAAACAGUUGA